GCUCUAAAACUUUCACACGAAGUUCUGUAUUUCAUUUUUUGUGUGUUCUUUUUUAGCCUUGUUAAUAUAUAUAUAUAUAUAUAUAUAUAUAUAUCUAUCUAUAUAUAUUAACUUAUCCAUAUAUAAUCCUGGGUUUUCUUUCCUGUGUUUUAAUUGUUUAUUAUUUGCUCAUCUUUGACCGUUGGAUCAUUCAGUUUGCUGGGGAGGGUUCUUUGAUUCGAUUUGGUUACUUGGUAUUUAAUUGAUCUUUUUGGGGUUUUGGAUUCAACUUCAAAGCUUAAACCUUUUUUUUUUCUGGGAAACGUAAGAAGUUGAUCGUUCAGUGUUUGGGUUUAAUCAUUGAGCUUCUGUUUGGGUACUGUGAAAAUUUUUGGUCAAAGCACAGAGCUGGUAGAUGGCCUAAAGAUUUUAUAUAUAUAUAAAGCUGAUUGACUGGUAGAUAAACGGAGCUUUACAAAGGGGAAAAAAGAACCUUUUUUUUGGGGUUCUAGUAAUUUGAUUUUUUUAAAGCUAUGCCGGUUGAGGUUGACAAUUCCUCCACCGUCUCCGGCGAGGCCAGCGUCUCUUCCACCGGUAACCAAAACCCACCUCCCAAAUCCACCGUUAAGAAGAAACGUAACCUCCCUGGAAUGCCAGAUCCAGAUGCAGAGGUGCUUGCUUUAUCACCUACGACUUUGUUAGCUACGAACCGAUUCGUGUGUGAAAUUUGUAACAAAGGGUUUCAAAGGGACCAAAAUCUUCAGCUUCAUAGACGAGGUCAUAAUCUGCCAUGGAAGCUGAGGCAAAGAUCGAGCAAGGAAGUGAAGAAGAAGGUUUAUGUUUGUCCUGAACCGACGUGUGUUCAUCAUGACCCUUCGAGAGCUUUAGGUGAUCUCACGGGGAUUAAGAAGCAUUUCUGUAGAAAACAUGGUGAAAAGAAAUGGAAAUGUGAUAAAUGUUCUAAGAAGUACGCUGUUCAAUCGGAUUGGAAAGCUCACUCUAAGAUCUGUGGCACUCGAGAGUAUAAAUGUGAUUGUGGAACUGUGUUUUCCAGGAGGGACAGUUUUAUUACCCACAGAGCUUUUUGUGAUGCGUUAGCAGUGGAGAGUGCUAAAACUCAAACGAAUCCCAGUUCGGAACCCGAUCCAAAAGUUCAGGCGGCGGAUUCAUUGCCACCGCCUGCAUCUCCGCCAGUGUCUGCUCCGAGUGCAGUAACUUCUUCAGAUAUGCCGAUUCAAAGUUCUGUGUUGGCUGAAGAUCCAAAUAUUGUCGUGGAAAAAGCUCCAGCACCAGCACCGGCACUGGCACCGGCUCCACCUCCAGCUAGCUUAAAUGGAAGUUGUAGCACUAGUGUCAGCUUGAUUAGCAGUGGUUGUAGCAGCAGCAGCGGUGUAUUUUCGAGCUUAUUUACCUCCUCGACUGUAUCUGCAAGCAUUCGACCUCCUCAACCUCCGGCACCAGCUCCACCAUCGGCUGGCUUAAAUGGAAGUUGUAACCGUAGCAUCAGCCUGGUUAGCAGUGGUGCUAGCAAUAGCAGCAGCAGUGGUGUAUUUGCAAGCUUAUUUGCCUCCUCAACUGUUUCUGCAAGCAUACAACCUCCUCAACCUCCUGCUUUAACCAAUUUAAUUCGAGCUGACCUUGCUCCAUCUACAUCAAUUGAACCAAUUUCUCUAUGCCUCUCGACCAGCCAUGGCUCGUCAAUAUUCGGGACUGCAGGGCAAGAGCAUCGGCACCAUGCACCUUCGCUGCAACCUGCUAUGUCAGCCACUGCACUACUUCAGAAAGCUGCUCAGAUGGGAGCAGCAGCAAGUAAUGCAUCCUUGCUUCGUGGUCUCGGUAUUGUUUCGUCAUCAGCACCACAAGAAAAUUUACAAUGGGGUCAGGCACAAGUGGACCCUGACAAUGCCUCCAUUGCAGCAGGGGUUGGACUCGGGCUUCCCUGUGAUGGAAGUUCAGGAUUAAAGGAACUGAUGAUGGGAACCCCAGUGUUCGGUCCUAAGCAAACUACUCUCGAUUUCCUUGGAUUGGGGGUAGCUGCCGGUGGCAACCCCAAUGCUGGCCUGUCAGCUCUAAUUACCCCUAUCGGAGGAGGAUUUGAUGCUGCCACGGCGGCAGCAUCGUUUCGAGGUGGAGAUUACACCGACAAGGACAUUGGAAGAAGCUCAUGAUACAUUGUGAAGGGUUAUCUAUUAUCAAAAUAUACGGCAUUGCUGAAGAAAACGAUGGCAAUAUAUAAUUCCAAUAAAGAAUAGCGGUUGCCGAGGUUAGCACCGAGCCACCAAAGUGGCAAUCGGGGUCUGCCUUCUAUGUAACAAUGGUGGCAAAAACAAUUCCUUGUAGGGGAAUAUAGCCUUUGUAGUACAAGGUAAAAGUUGAUGAACCAGAUGUAUAUAGAGUAUGUUGUAGUUAGAAAAAUUGGAACACAUCAUCUCUGUAGAGAGAUUUUGGUUACUUUCAGACAUGUUUGUGUCUGGUUUUUUUUUUUUUUUUUAAAGCUUGGAAACAUCAGCAAAAGAGCAGGUUUUUCAAGCUUGAAAAGCCAACAGUGGAGUGGUUCAAAGUCAACUUUUAAACCUCUAUUUGUGUUCAUUAUAUUUACAAUUAAUAAUUUAAAAUAUUUAUUUUUA